AUGAAAUUCUUUGGAUUUUCGUCUACUUCAACAACAAAUUCCCACACAUCAACCUCUUCUUCCAUCUCGUCGGAAUUGUUCGAAAAUUUUCUUGAUAUUGAAACACUGAAUCGUUCGACAUGUGCACUCAUCAAUCGGACCUUAUACACCUCCUCGGAGAGAGAUAAAGCAAGUUUACAAGCUUUUUAUUAUUCUUGUUUGGAUACCAUGUUUCGGAAAUUGGACUUGUACAGAACGAGUAAACAAAAGAGUUAUGAUUGGCAAUGUUCGAAAUAUCCUGAUUAUGCCAUCAUUCACAGUAUUUUGACGAAUCAACGAAAAACCAUAGAUCCAAAUACGGGUCGAGAAUUGAGCAUUCAGGAGCAAGUCAUAGCAUUACAGGAAUGCCAAUUAUGCCAAUCGUGUCCAAAGAAGAAACUUCGAAAAGAUUUAGUGGAAGAUAAAUUAAAACCUGCAUUGAAUGGAUCAUUUACGAGUACAUUUCCGCCCGAUUGGAUUUCAGAAAUGGAGACACAUGCAAAAAAGGGAGAUGUUGCUUUCCAGAGUAUUCAAAAGAAGGAGGAACUCAUUUCGAAUUCUGCAGCGUGCUCGAAAUAUCUGCCCAGUACUACUACGUACAUGUCAAAACCCAUGAACCCUCGAUCAACAGAGCUCCAUGUUCCCACAAAGGAAGAUUUUGAAAUGGAAAAACAACUUUUAAAAUAUCAGCUAUGCAUUAAUUCCAUGAUGUGUGCAAACAGUAUUAAGAAAUGUAUGGCGUCCAUUCAAGGUGAGAAUGCUCAGAUUGAGAAUAGACAUUUCUCCACAUGCUUGGCAUUUGACAAGAAUACCAUCAAUUGUGUAAAUUCCAUUUAG